AUGUUUCAGCCACAAGCAGGACGAGUAAAUGCCCAUUGUUUGCAGGCAUAUGCUCAAGAGCUCAAGCUCCGUGGCGACGAUCAGCUCGAGCCAGGAGAGCAACAAGAGCCGAUGCAAGAGGAAUCGAGUAUUUUGGAACAAAGUACACUCUAUGAUUCUGUCAAAAGACGUCGGGCAUCAAAUCAGGCGGUACGAGAAACGACCGUCUCUACACUCAAUGGAAAGUCGAAAAAGGGCCGCCGCACAACCAAGAACAAGCAGCCAUCAAAGAAACCAAGACGCAAGCUACCAGUCAAAAGGCCCAACCAGUCCAAAGGCAAGCAUUCCAAAGCAAAACCAAUCGAAGCAGCCCCUCCAAAACAAGAGGAGCGCCAAGCCACAAUCGAUGCCCAAGAAAAAGCCAAGAAAGCUGCCAAUAUGGCCGAACAACUCAUGGAAGAAGAUCCAGGAAAAACAAAAGCAUUGCUACAAAAGAUGGCACUUGUCUGGGAAAGUCCUCGAUCGGCUCCCAACACAUGGCCACCAAAGAAUAGUGUGAUACCCAAAAAAUUCGUUUGGGUCCACUAUCCACCAUUGGAGGCUGUGCUUACAGAAAACAUGAAAAACUUCUACAGUCUAUCUCUUCACGAAAGCCAAACAGCUGGACAGGUAAAGUUCAACGAUGGAUUGGUACAGUUGAUCAAACAAGCUGCCCAAACACAUGGCUUGACAUUUGAUUCGUACUGGACGGACAAACUCCUUCGAGAUCGCAUCCGGUGCUAUUACAAAACGCACACCAUGAACGCCAAGAAACGCCUCCUGACAAUGAUUGCAAAUCCGACCGGGCCUUCCAACACCAGGCGCCUGAGUGCAGUCUUGGAGCUUUUGGAAGAGAUCCAGAAGGAUUAUGACACUGGUGACCAAAAGGAGAAGGCAUCACCAGCGGUAGGAGCGUACACUGCAACAGAACCUAUCGAAAAGACUUCAACACUUCUUGCAAGUGAAUCGGCCCUAUCGAGCGUCGCUGCAAGACGAAUGUCGAGAAAGGGAACCGUCACCAAACUCUGCGAAUGGAAUUCCAUUCUCUAG